CAAACACCACACUGAAACAAAUCAAAGUUAUAUUAAAUAAAAUAUCACACUGAAAAUAAAACAAGUGUUACACUGAAUAAUCACCAUAGUGAAUUAAAUUUGGAAGUAAUGUUGAGCCAGAAUAAUAAUGAGUUAGAAAUGUAAUUUACUUUUUCAUCCCGUCAUAUCAAAAGUUCACACUUUUAAUUCUAGAAAAUGUUUAUAUUGAACUGAUGCAAAACGUUUUGACUUACAUAUCAUCAACUUAUCGCGUCAUAUGACUUCACAGUCUAGAAUUAAUCUCAAAAAGUUGUGAUACUGUAAGUUUGGUAUGCGUGCUAUACAGAACUUUGAGUCCUCUCGAGAAUACCUGAAAAUACAGCAAGGAAUAUCUCUAAAGAAGCCAGAUGAAGCUGUUUAACGUUUUUAAUACUUGAAAACCUGAUUCUGCUUCACCUUGGGGAUUCUGUAUUCGAGGGGGAAGAGAUUUUGAUCAACCACUUAUUAUAUCUUCUGUGAGUCUUGGAAGUCUGGCAGAUAUCAGUGGCUUACGUACUGGAAUGCGUGUUUUAUCUAUUGGCGGUGAUCCUACUAGCAAAAUGACUCACCAACAAGCUAUUCAAGCAAUUAUACGUUGCUGCAAUGAUCUGGAAAUGGAGGUCUAUGAUACUGGUUUAAAUAAUUCUGGCUAUUCUACACCACUUCAUCAAAUGAACAUGUCUAUAACACAAUCAUCACUAAGUAUUGAACUUCAUAAACCAACAGAACCACUAAAACCGCAAACAGUUAUAUCUAAACUUGUUCAUAUUGGUACAAAUCCAAUAAUAACUCGUUCUCAUUCACCUAAUGGAAUAACAAUAAGAUCAUACAGUCCAAACUCAACUACACUACAUAAUCGGAUAUUGGCUGAAAAACUAGAUUCAAAUCGUACAUCACCAAUUUACACACCACAAAAUAAUAUAAGUUUAAAGUCAUGUUAUUCAUCAUCAUAUAAUCUGUGUAAAUAUAGUACGAUGAAUCAACCACAGCCUAAUAUCAAAAUUAACGCAAAACCAGAUAAUUCUUUACUAAGAGGAGUGAUACGUUCAAAAGAUUUUAAAAUUAAUCCUAUAUGUCAUGUAUGUCAACAACAAAUACACGGACCAUUUAUCGAUACGAAUGACAGAUGCUUUUGUCCAAAUCAUUUCAUAUGUGAUUAUUGUCAUCGACCACUAAACGAAGACGGUUUUGCUGAACAGAAUGGAAAAUUAUACUGUGAAGAAGAUUUUAAACAAUAUAUUGCUUAUAAAUGCACCAAGUGUAAUUUACCAAUUAUUGGUCAAAUUAUCAAAGCAAUAAAUCGAACAUGGCAUCCAUAUUGUUUCAUUUGUUAUUACUGUCAAAAACCAUUAGAUGAUAUAUUUCAUGUAGAAGAUGAUAAUCGUGUAUUAUGUGAAGAACAUUGGAAACAAUUUCAUGAGAUCGAAUGUGCGAAGUGUAAACAAUCCAUUUCAGAGAUCGACCGUUUUAUUCAAGCUUGUGGAAAACAAUAUCAUGCAAGAUGUUUUAGUUGUGCUGCAUGUCAAAAACCCCUUGAAGGUAAACCAUUUCAUACUAGAAAUCAAAAACCUUUCUGUCUCAUACAUGCGAAUGCAGUCGCACUAUUUGGUUGA